GUUACUAUUAGCCGCUCGUUGUCUAAAAGCAGAAUAAAUCUUUGUAAAACUAAAUAAUGGCAGUGUUUAAGUAUUUUUUAAUUGCGAUAACAAUAUUUGUUAAUAAAUCGGCAACUGAAAAGCCGGAUAUUUAUAUUGACGACGUCAAUUUUAUGGUAGGAAUUUUUGAAGUUAAUCCUUUAAGACCAAAUCAAGUUUCAUUUGUUGGUCAAGGAGUUUUAAUUGAUUCUGAUAAAGUUGUCACAACCUCACGAAAUAUUUAUGAAGGCUCAAAAUAUAGAGUACGCGCUUAUAGUUGGCCUAAAAAUAACGAUAUUCUUGAAGAUAGAGAAAUUCCAAUUUCUGAGUACACGGAACAAGAUGUGGUUGGGGUUCAUGUCCAACCUGAGGUUCCAUUAUUGCGCAUACUAAAUUUGGACCACGCUUUUGAUAGCAGUGUUAGGCCAAUCGACUAUAUGAAGUAUACGGAAAAUAAAAUGUUUACUAGCGACACUGAAUGCGUCUAUAUAAAAAUAAAAAAGACAUUUUUUGGGGAAAAGCUGAAACUUAAACAACGAAAAAUAACUAUAAAACAUCCUUCCGAGUCUACCGGUUGUAGUUCAGCCCUUCAAUUGAGUUCUCCAAAAUCUAAUUCAUAUUCAAUCUUUUGCGGCGUAGAAACUGGAAAAAGAAAGUGCAAUAGAUACCCAGGAUCAGCUGUCGUUUGUCAAUCAAGUCCAUCGUCGAAGCCUUUUUUGACAGGAAUACAAGUCAUCAAUAGAAACUGCGAAAUAAUGUUUGAAAACCCGAAAUUUUUCAAAUAUAAUCCGAAUCGACGAAGUCACGUUGCUUAUAACGACCAAUUAUGGGGUGAUGAUUAAAUUUCCGUUGAAAUGUAAUAUUUGUAUUAGUGUAGGGGAGGGUGGGGCAGAGCGGCCCCCCUAAGCCAAUUAUUAUUUUUUGUGGCUUUCAACCAUAAGAUCACUUUGCUUUUUUCCUAUUUUGAACAAAUUUAUGGACAUUUUGCCAAAAUUCUAAAAAAAAAAAUUUUUUUUUUGUGGGGCAGAGCGGGCUCCCUCCAAAAAGUGAUAAAAAAUUUUUUUUUUUCGUUUUUUUUUUUUUUUUAAUUGUUUUCAUCAUUAAGAAUGUAUUUCUUUCUCUUGACAACUAAUUUUGGUUUUAUAUUACCCGAAAAAAAUUUUUUAAAGUGUAAAAAAUCGUUCACUCUCGAUUACCUCAAUUACUAAUUGUUAUUUAAUAAAAAAAAAAAUCAAUUCUAUAGUUUUACUUUAUUUCAAAAAUUUAUCAACUAAAAAAAAAAUUUAAUUUUUAUAAAUUUUUAGUGACCAAAUUUGCCUCUUAUAUCGAGAAACGGCCGAAAAAUAUGAAAAAAUAAUUUUUUCGGAAGUUUCGGCUGGUCCAUUUUGCCCCAGGUGUUAUGCGUAGGGCUAGAAAUGUGGAAUUAUAAUAAUUUUUUUUUAAUUUGACGAUAAAAAUAUGAAAAAAUCACUUUUUCAAAAUUUUGGGCUUGUCCAUUUUGCCCCAAAUGUCAUGCGUAGGGGUAAAAAUGCGCAAACAUAUCGGAUUUAUAGUAAUUAGUCGAAAAAACAAAAUUUUUUUUUUGAUCAAAAUUUCAGGGGGGCCGCUCUGCCCCACCCUCCCCUACUAUCGCCAAAAGGGCGUAUAUCUUUAGAUCUUUGUAUCUUUGUAUCUUAAGAUUUACGCCCUUUUGGCUUAGGAAAUUUUUUUUUUAUUUUGAGGCUUAGAACAUGUUUACAAAACGAUUGGCACAAAAAAAAAAUUAUACGCCCUUUUGGAUCUUCAAAGCCAACUUCUAACUUUUAUACGCCCUUUUGGCAUUUGGCACGCGAUUUGUAUUCGUGUAUUUAAAAAAAAAAUACAUGAACUAAAUACGUACCCAUUGGGGGAAAAA